UUUAGGCCAUAACAUGAGUCAGGUCUGUGUCGAAGGGACAACACAACCUUUGGAAGCUUACUCAGUCUAUGGAUUUCAAUCUAUGAGUACUUGUUUUUUUUGUAUGAACCGAAGGUGUACAGUUAGUAAGCUUUUUAGUCUUGGUAGCACUUCUUAACAGUCAGGUUUAUAAUGCCAGAGCUGUGUAAACCUACAGAGGCCAGCAUGCUCAAUGUGGACAAUACUCGGAGCGCUAAUAAUCUUAAACGCAGGUCAGAGAGACGUGUCAGAUUUUCAGAUACAGCAAUAUCAGGCUCCCAGCGAGAGGUCAACACACACUAUAAGAUGCAUAUGAAAGCUGCUGCCCAGAAUAAUCCACUAUCACCAGAAGCGGCUCGAAGGUCGAUGCAUCUGACCCAGGCGCAGCAGGCACGCUCGGAGCAAGAGCUACAGCUUGAGUUGAUGGAGCUACAAAAGCAGCAGCAUAUCCAGCAACAGGUACUGAUGGAGAAAUUCAAGCACCAGAGCGAUCAGCUCGUCAAGGAUUAUCAUAAGCAGCAACAGCAAAUCAUAUCACAAAUUCAACAACAGAAAAUUUUAGAACAACAAGCAAGAUUAGAUCAACAGAGGAAUCAGAUGAUAGUUAAGAAAGAUAAACCAAACACAAAUCCAUCUAUUGCAGUGAAACGAAAAUUACAGGACUUUGUGUUGAAUAGACAGCAGCGAGAAUUAGCCAACUUUAAUCAUUCCCCUCCUUACACAUGGAACCCACAGAACGUGAGCCAGCACUCUCCACCCCACACAGCACAUUAUCAAACACAGGUUUUCGGCCAGUACGACAACUUCCCACUACGCAAAACAGCUUCCGAUUCCAAUUUAAAAGUACGGUCGAAACUUAAAGAGAAAGUUGCGGAGAGACGCAGUCACGGAAGUCCUCUUAUACGUCGCAAAGAACAUCAAAACAGAAAGGGGAAACCACUAUCAGUUGAAAACUCAAUAUCCAGUAGCAGUGCCCCAGGUUCUGGACCAAGCUCACCCCAAAGCAUUGCUAGCCUUACUGAGAACGGCAAUGGAGGAUUUAUAGUUCAUAAUGAAGAAGUCUCAGCUUACCCUCGACUGGCACUGCAAUUCAAAGCUAAUGCUUCCAGUGUUGACCUUUUUCCAAAUCAUAAAUUAUUUCAUUGUAUUAUAUGUAUAUAUGUUAUGGAAAAUAAAGUUUAUGGAAUUGAAAGUUCUAAAAAUAUAUUUACAUUUUCUAUCCUUUACUCACAGACAACAGCCCUUGGUAAGCGAGUAAUACGUUCAAAGGGGUUGGCGAUAGGCCCUAGUGUCCAUGGACACUAUAUUACAGGGCCCCUACAAGGUACGGAAAUGAAUAGUCCGUUCAGCGGUAGUAAUCCUUCACUUGUCCAGACAAGCUUGCCGACCAUUCCUCUUGUGCCUAAUACUGUUCUCCACCCGAUGAUGGGUUCACUCCCGUUUAAGGAUCCAAAUACAUGUGCAAUAACUGGUAGUGGUGGCAUGGCUCAGCGAAUUAUUGGGCCUGUUCACAGACCUCUUGUUCGAACACGAUCUGAGCCUCUUCCAACAAAUCCAAGUCAUCAGAUUCAACAGUUACACCAACAGCAACGUCUUUUACUUCAACAGCAGCAACAUCAGUUCCACCAGCAGCAACAGCAGCUUCUUCAAAGGCACCAAGCCAAGAAAGAGGCCUCCAACUAUACGCUCUUACAUAGCAACAGGGUAAUUGAAAGGUAUGUGGAGGAGGACGAGGAAGAGGAGACGGCACAGCAGAUGCAAGACAUUGUCAAAGUCAAACAGGAGCCAGUGGACAGUGAGGAAGAAAGGAUAAGGUUGCAACAGGAGCAAGAAGAGUUAAUGAAGCAACAAUCAUUAGGCCCAUUAACACCAUCAGCAACGACAGGUGAGGAUUUGAAUUCUGUCCACAAACCACUUAGCCGGGCAAGAAGCUUGCCGUCUGGUACAGCAACAAGUACAUUCCCAAGAACUAAAGAUGACCAACAAUCAAGACAUGAAUUCACAACAGGCUUAGCAUUCGAUCAACUUAUGCUGAAGCACCAGUGCUCUUGCGGAAACAAUGCCAUCCACCCGGAACAUCCUGGACGUUUACAGAGCAUAUGGGCACGUCUACAUGAAAGGGGCAUCGUGUCUGAAUGCAAACAACUUCAAGGCAGAAAGGCAACACUGGAAGAAAUUCAGUCAUGUCAUAGUGAAGGCUACACGCUUUUUUAUGCUACUAACAAUUUGAAUCGUUCAAGAUUAGACAGUUCAAAACUCGCAAUCAUUCCUCAACUGAACUUUACCUUAUUACCAUGCGGAGGACUUGGAGUAGACUCUGACACUGUAUGGAAUGAUUACAAUUCAUCGGGUGCUGCAAGAAUGGCAGUAGGAUGUGUAACAGAGCUGGCAUUUAAAGUGUCUACCGGUUCCCUGAAGAAUGGUUUUGCCCUGGUGCGGCCGCCAGGUCACCAUGCGGAGGUAUCACAGGCCAUGGGGUUCUGCUUCUUCAACAACAUUGCCAUCGCUGCCAAGCAGCUGCGAAAGAAACUGAAACUAAACAAGAUAUUGAUCGUAGAUUGGGAUGUACAUCAUGGAAACUCAACUCAAAAGCUAUUUUACGAUGAUCAACAUGUUUUGUACAUCUCAUUACAUCGUCAUGAUGAAGGAAAUUUUUUCCCCGGAACAGGUGCUGCAGAUGAGUGUGGUUGCGGUGAUGGUCUUGGUUUCAAUGUUAAUAUUGCAUGGCACGGUGGACUGGAUCCUCCUCUAGGAGACGUAGAAUAUUUGGCUGCUUUUAGGUCAGUUGUGAUGCCAGUGGCUAGAGAAUUUUCACCAGAUGUCAUUUUAGUGUCUGCUGGAUUUGAUGCUGCACCUGGUCAUCCAAACCCUCUAGGUGGAUAUAAUGUAUCACCAGUAGGUUUUGCGUACAUGACCCGCCAGCUAAUGACUCUAGCAGGAGGGCGUGUGGUGCUUGUUUUAGAGGGAGGAUACAACCUUACUUCAAUCUGUGAUGCAGCUGAAGCUUGUGCCAAUGUGCUUUUAGGCCACGAUGAACCAGAUUUAAAGGUUCCGAAAGAGGUCCUGGAGAAGAGGCCAUGCAAGAAUGCUGUUCUUUGUCUCCAGAAAACAGUUCAAAUCCAAUCCGAGUUUUGGACAAGUGUGCGAAGGAAAGCAAACAUUAUUGCAUGCUCAGCUAUAGAGGCUGCAGAGAAAGAGAGGGAAGAAAUGGAAACAGUGAAUGCCAUGGCAUCGCUCUCCAUGCAAGUCAAACUGGAACAACCUGAGGAUGAACCAAUGGAUGAAGGAACGAUUAUUGAAGACGCUCAUGAAGGAGAUGAUGAUUCGUAGUGAAAAUAUUGACUUUUGACACUUCAAGAAAUUGUGAAGAGUGACGUUGUAAAUGUGAAUGCAAGAUUGCAGUGUUUUAAGGAGAACUGACGUUUGUAAAGGGAUGUAUGCUGCUAUAUUUAAUAUGCUCUUUUACAUGAAAAUUAUUAUAUAUACUUAUUCCUUGAUUUUUGUAACUUGUUGGAAUUGACAAGUACUUUAAGGAAAACUGAUGAAUAUUUGAGGGAUAAUGAAAUGGUUACCAGAGGGCUAUUGUAAAUAUAAUGCUGGGGUUUUGUUUAAUGUUCAAAUUAUUGUAAGUAUUCCUGAAUAGAUUGUGAAAAAAAAAGUGUUCGUCUGUCAAAAAAAAAAUUUCAAAUGUUGUAUAAUGUUGCCAAAUAAGUGCCCACUUUUGGGACUUUAGAUUAAAUUUGAAUCUAUUAACAACAUGUAAAUAUGUUGGUUUGUCAAUAUAUGAAUGCUCUACUCUUUGGUUUCAUGGUAAGAUGUUGAGCAAAUUGUCAUAGUGGUUUCAUAGAUGAAAGUUCACUUUAUGAUGAGCAGAAUGGGGCAUUACUUUACACCGAAAAUGACACACCAAAAUGACCCUGUUAAGGUUAUUAUCAAGUGUACUUUAUUACUUGUGUUUGUAUUGCAGUGGUAUAUUGUGUUGUGCUUGUAUUUAUCAUGAGGGUUUUGGUUUAUAAAACAACAGAAUGCAUCUGGAUAUUAAGAAAAUAUUAUUGUUGUACAAGUCCAACGUUUUAAAGAGAAUCUCUGUUAUGAUUGCAAGACUUGAUUUCAUUAUUCGUGCUUUCAUGGAUGUAAUGAAUCUGAUGGUAAAUUCAUCAGUUAUUGGAAUUUUCAGUCUUAUGUGUGUUUGAGGCUUCAUUCCAAAUGUUACCCCUCAUGAUAAAAAUUGAAAUAUAAAAUGUUAAUUACAAAUGGACAAAGUAAUUAAUUUUUUUUUUUAAAUACGUUUUUGAUGUAAAAACUGGGUAAGAUGGUCUUGAAAAUCAGAAAAUGAUAUGUAAUGAAAUAUGCAUUACUCUUCCUUUCUAAUCGUUAUGAUCUUAAAAAAUUAUGGCUUUAUCACAAUCCUUAAAAAAUUGAUUGCAGAAAAUGAAUAUAUUUUAUUUAAAUAUAACAAUGAGAAUUAUGGUUGAAAAUCUGUUAGUAUGAAUAUUCAAUUUCAAAUCAUGUUUAUUUUCAUAAUUGCAUAUCAAGUACUGUGAAUUGCCACCAAAUUUUUGAUUAGAAAUGAUUAUACUUGGCGAGAGCUGUCAAUUGUAGUUUCAAUUAGACAUUUUUUCCAUCUGAUUCUUUAAUAAAAAUCUAUCCAAUUAAAGCAUUAUUAUAGAAUGUUAUGUUAUGUGAUAUAUAUUUUUUUCUAUAAGGUUUUUUGUUGUUCAUGUUCAUGUGAUUAAUUCUGUUGAUGAGACUUGUAAGAUAAAUUACUGUAUUUCUCCCUUUCAAAAUAAUAGAAUGGUCCACUCCUGGUGCUUAUCCACUUAUCGAUAAUAGUCUUAUCAUUUUAAAUAUAAUUGUUUUUAUAAUAAUAAUUAUUAUACUCAAAUAAUUUCAUCUGGUUUCAGUGUGUAUAGAUGAUUAUGAUUCUUCAAAUUAAAUCAGAAAUGCUGCUUGUUAUGCUUCGAUUUAAUAAUCAGUUCUUCAUUAGGCAAUUCAACUUGGCGAUAUAACUUCAUAUUAUAGUUAUGAUCAUCCCCCACUUUGCUCUUUUUAGGGGCGUUGAGGAGUAAUGAUCCAGAUAAUCCAAAUCCAGAUCAUCAUUGUACAAUGGUUAGGCUCACACUAAAGCCUUAGUAUCUAGAUCAGGAGCUAACUGUUAGCCCUAACCGUUAUCAAUCUGGAUCCUGCUAACCGUUAGGUGGUGGGUGUGUGUGUGUGCAUGAACAUAGCCAUAUCUGCUUCUAUCUUCAUGUAGGCCAUUUUACUCAUCCACUUAUUCUCACCACUUGUAAAAUUCAUCUGUUUGUAUAUGUGAAGAAUUAUAUUUAUAUAUUUUAACAAUCUGAGAAAUGUUAAUAGUCUUUCCAUUUAUGACAUUUCAACUUUAAAAAGUAUUUUAGAGAGUAAGUUACUUAAUUGUGAUCCCUUCCUGAAGUAACGGUCUGCCAUCAUCUCUUGAUACAAUAAAGAAAAUUAAACCGAAGAAGAAAUUGUUA